AUGGAUGGAGGUAAUCAACCACAAGAUGACACCACUGACCUUAUAGAUGACGAAACUAAACAGAAACUAAUUGAUGAUCUCUUAGCAGUGUUAAAUUCUGGGUCUGAUGAGGAAUGUUCAAUUUGUUUAGACAGUCUAAAACACCCUGUUAUAACACCCUGUGCUCAUGUUUAUUGUCGUACCUGUAUUGAAAACGUCAUACAACAAAAUAACACGAUGACAACAGCAUGUCCGAUGUGUCGAGAAGAAAUAAAGUUAGGUUUUUGGUUUGGAGUUCCUGAAAAACAACAACCGGAGAUACCUGUGAUUACUGAUGAAAACUGGCAGUCCAGUAGCAAGGUAGAUGCAUUAAUGAAAGCUCUAGUUCAACAACGUAUUGAUGACCCUACUGUUAAAAGUAUCAUAGUUUCACAGUUUACAUCUCUACUGACUCUUAUUGAGGUACCAUUGAGAUUAAAUGGUUUUAAGUUUGCUCGACUAGAUGGUAAAAUGACUAACAAGAAAAGAGUUGAUAAUAUGGAGAUGUUUAUGGACCCAUCACUCGACUCUCCUACCAUAUUUCUACUGUCACUGAAGGCUGGAGGAGUUGGACUAGAUCUUAAGGCAGCCAGUCGCGUCUUUCUAAUGGAUCCUGUAAGUAUAUCAUUUCAGUGA